AUGGCUUGCUCACGACCUGUUUGGUACUUUGGAAUCAUUGUUCUUCUAUGUCAAUAUCUUGUGGCGUCGGAUAACGCAGCAGAUGACAAGCUAGCAGAGGAUGAACCACAGGCUCCCAGUGGGGAGGAUGAAGAACUAUUGCCUGACUUGGAUGAAAUUGAAGAGGAUGAUAGUUGGAAUCCUAAUGGAGUGCUUCUGACAGACAACCCAGCUGAUUGGCCAGGUCAUCUGAAGAACUUCGGUUCAACGGGCAGAUACCGCAAUGUUGGUAUCUACAAGAACUUCCCCAAGGCAACUGUGCUUUUCAGUGACUAUGUUGCUCCAUACAUACCUUUAGUUAUGCGAAAUGCUUCAACUACAGAUGAUGCUUUUGCACUUUGGAAAAAUGACAGCUACUUCCUUGGUUUGCCUCAAGCGAUCACGUAUAGGAUGCCUCUUACCCCAGCAGCAAAUAUAAGUUUUAAGGAGUUCAUCCAGAGGUACAGAAAAGAGAAGCUGGUGUUAUUCAUUGCUGGUGAAGAUCAGCAGACUCCGAUUGUACAGAGAAGCCUGGACACCAUGCGUUGUGUUUAUAGUGGAAAACAGAACAUCACCUUGGUCAGUCAGCUUGACUUUGGUAAUAAGGGUUUACUUCACUGCUGUACAGAUGCGGAUGAGUAUGGGUCAGUUGACGUGAAUCAAGUGGAUUAUGUCAAGUACCCAACCCUGAGAGAAGUGGAGUACCACAAAGCAUCCCUCUCUGCUGGAGACUGUAUCUUCAUCCCACCCAAGUGGUACUGGCAGGUGAACUCGCAGGAGAGCAGCAAGUCUGUGGACAUCCUGUGGUACCACAAGGUGAAGCAUGUGGAGACAACAGAGUGUAUGGCUCUUGCACUGGAACCCACCAUCGCCAAGGCUCAGUUUGCAGAUCAGAAGUCAUGGACUGCUGCUCGGAAGGACAUAGCUCUCCACUACUUCUCAACCUACCUGGUGCUCAACAGCAGCCUCACAUAUGGGUCGUUUGCAGCAGCCGUAAUCAAGGAUGGGAAACUGUUCAAGGGCAUGACAAAUUGGACUGAUGAAUAUGAUGAAAUAACACAUGAGCUGUUUAAUAUGCUGGACAUUACCAGGGACCACAAAUUUAGUAUAGAUGAUUUGGAGAGUCUGACACCUGAGCGUAUGGAUAAAAUGCGCGGUCACCUGGAGGAUCGAAUCGCAGAUUAUGAGGAUGUGAUGAAAGAUCAGCAACUGGAGCUUAAGGAAAACCAGGCUGCAGCAUCACAGGCUGCCAGAGACGAUAUCACAGCACCUCUGUCUCCUGAUAGUAUACCAAUAAUGAAGCCAGGGGAGGACCCAAAAGAGGCAGUUGAGAACUACAUCAACAACUACCUGAAGGUGCUGGAAGAUGUCAUCCAGGAAAGUAUGUCUGAGCUGUCUGUCUCAGGCAAAGUGCCUGACUUCAAGAAGAAGUUAGAGAGUCGACAGGCAGAAAUAGAAGGAUCUCAACCAUUUGUUCCCACAGGGAACCUGCCCAGCCAAGACAGUCACAAAACAGCUCGAGAAGAAGCUAAGGCUAAAAUAAAGGCACAACAAGGAAAGAAAAAAUCUUCUGAUGGAGAAGAUGGAGCUGAUGAAUUUUCAGACACUGAGACCUACCAGGUUGUGGAUGACUCAGUUGUCGAGGAGAUACUGGCAGAUGAUGAAGAUGUGGUCCAGAAGCCAAAGUCUGAGCCAAGGCCAGGAAAACCAACAGCAGGAAGUGGGAAGAACAAGGGAAGACAAUCCAAACCUCAAGAUGGUAAAUCAGAAAAGGACAAGAAGAGCUCUGAUUCCAGAAAGCCCAAGACUAAAGAUGAAAAGAAGGAUAAGGCUAAAAAGAAGGGAAAGAAAGAUGAGCUUUAGAAAAAUGUCUUACUAUUAGGUAGAAAAGGGUAUUAUUUACAUCUCAUCACAGGGUAGUUGACAGUAGGUUUUUACAGACUUUCAUGGUUAUAUUAUGAAGCACAAACUAUAAAGAUAAUCGUCUUUACACAUCCUGUAUUGAACUUUAGUUUUAUUCUUCCCCUUCAGAUGGAUGGUUUUGGUUUUUUUAAAGUAUAUGUGAGAGGAAAUGAUGUUAUGCUUCUUCUGGGUUUUUUUUUUUCCUGUCUGAAAAAGAAAGUAAACCUUAUAAAGGCUAACAUUGCAUUGUUGUGUUAGAAUUGCUGUAUUUUCCUGCAUAUUUAACAUUUUGACAACCAGCAUUGCCAGCAUGUUAAUUUGAAUGGAACUCUGUCUAAAUGGCUUCAUUCUAGCCAUUCUAACACCAACCUUGUUCAUUUUCUGACUUCAGUGCCAUAACAUUUAGCAAACUAGCAGUAUCUCACUUAUCCAGGGAUAAUAUCUAAGAUUCUUACAAGACACUUAUUACAAUGUCUAGGCCUAGUUUGGCCCGCUAAGCUCAUUGUUAGUCUAUUUGUUUGAAGUCUGUGGUUAAGGUUUGUAACAUGUCAAUGCUUUGCUUAUGACUCUGAGAAAUGUCUCUUGUGGCACUAACUAUUUCUAGAUCUAAAUAUGAAAUUAGCUGCAGGGUAUCAAGCAUAACCUCCUGUUAAUGUUCUCACCAAGGAGGUACAUUGCAAAUACCUUAGUUCAAGCAGUCUCAUUUAUCUAACAUGCAUUUAAUCAAGAUCUUCAUGUUUAAAUACCCUUCACUUCACUCAUCAUGUGCUUGCUGUAUCAUGUUCCAGGAAACAGUGCUGUGAAGUUAUUUUCGGUUCUAAAUAAACCAGUUUGGAAAUACA